AUGAUAGGCCCUGAUCCUAUGAGCUUUGAACCCGGAUACAUUGGCCGUCGCGAGUGUUCUUCUACCAGUACGUUUGGUGGACAACUGGGACUGCGCAUUUCCUCAGUGCCAGUGGUCUUUGUUGCCUCAUUAAUUGGCGUCAUGUUCCCACUUGUAUCAUCUCGUGUGCGUAGACUUAAUAUGCCACCAAUGGUUUAUUUCUUUGCAAAAUAUUUUGGAAGUGGUGUUAUUAUCGGAACAUCAUUUGUGCACUUGCUUUAUGAAGCAAUGACAUCGCUAUCAGAUCCAUGUCUUCCUAAAGCAUUUCAUGAGUUCCCUUACUCAAUCGGUAUUGCAUUGGUGGGAAUCUUUUUUACAUUCUGGAUUGAAAUCAUAACGAGAUUCUCAAUCAGGAAAAAAAAUGGAGGCAAAAAUAUUCCUCAUACUCAUGGCCCAUCUGGUUUCGCAUCGUCAAAGAAAAAGGAAAAUGAAGAACCUGAGCACAAUCACAAUCACCAUCCACAUGAUCACCCGGAUCUUGAGUACCCCUCCGUCAUCAAAGUCGAAGAAACUUUUACAUCCUCCCAGCCAGAUUCACCCAUUAAAGAAAAAUCACAACCAACGCCGCUUGAAACUACAGCAUUUGAAGAAAUAUCCCCACAAACUUCUAUUUCUCAAAAAAAACAAAUACCACAGCAUAUAAUUACUGUUCCACAACCUUCUGCUUCCUCCCUUUCCCCUCCAUCUACUGAGCUUCCCUUUGCUGACACAGAGCGUCUGCGGCAACUGGAACGUACUGCAACUGUGAAUGCUGAGGCCCGACUCAGCACUCAAGUUGCCACUAUUUGUCUUCUUGAGUUUGGCAUUGUAUUCCAUUCCAUAUUUGUCGGGCUAACCCUAGCCGUCACAAACCAGUCCUUUGCCACAUUAUAUGUGGUCAUUUGUUUCCAUCAAAUGUUUGAAGGCAUGGGUCUUGGCUCCCGAUUAGCAGAAACCCCCUGGAGCGAACGAAAUGCUUGGGUUCCCUGGGUUUUCGCAAUUGCCUUUGCAAUUACUACCCCUCUGGGGAUUUCUGUCGGCCUGGCAGUACGUAAUACUUACCCUCCAGGUUCCGCACGAUCACUCAUCACCAAUGGCGUGUUUGAUAGUAUCUCGGCAGGAAUUUUAAUUUAUACUUCACUCGUCGAACUCAUGGGUGCCGAAUUUUUGCAUUCGGAGGAAUUUGAAGAUGCUUCCCUUAGCAAAGUCAUGCUGGCUUUUGGCUUCAUGUGUUUGGGAUGCGGUUUAAUGUCCAUGCUGGGCAGAUGGGCAUAA